AUGACGGCAACGCCUGAUCCCUCCGAUUUCCCGCCCGAGUUCUUGGAGUACGAUGAAGGGGCGACGCUGGUGGGCGUUUGCGCCGCCAUGAUUCCCGUCGCGACGGUCAUUGUGGGUCCUCUGCUUUGGUCUGUGGCGAUUCUCGGCAUCUGUGCUGUUCAUUAUGGCGGUGUCGGGAGGCACUUGGCCGUGGUCGUGAUGGAGUAUCCAGACAUCUUUGGACGAUCAAUGCUGACGGAUCUUCAGUGCCUCUUCAUCGGCGAAUUUACAUACGGCACCGCCCUCUGCACCAUCAAAGCAGCCAUCCUCUUGAUGUACUACCGCGUCUUCCCGACCCGGUUCAUGAAAUUCGGCGGCUACGUCCUCGGCGCCAUCACCUUUGCCUGGUGGGUAGCCGUGGUCUUCGUUUCCAUCUUCCAGUGUGUGCCCGUCCACAAGACAUGGCAUCCGUUCAUGGAAGGGGGGCACUGCUUGGAUAAGAACCAGUUCUUUCUGGGCAACUCGAUUCCCAACAUUAUUACGGACGCCUUGAUUCUCUGUCUUCCUGUCUACGAGGUCUCGAAGCUGCAGGUUCGCCGGUCGCAAAAGUUUGCCAUUAUUGGGAUAUUUCUCCUUGGAGGGAUCGUCGUCGUGAUCAGCUGUAUUCGCCCUAAGGUUGUCAUUGACCUCGUCAAUGCUGGACCAGAACUCAUCGGACCCUGCUGGAUAUGGACGACAGUCGAACCUACGAUCGGACUACUAUGUGCAAGCCUUCCGACUAUGCGGCCCGUUCUACACCUCCUCUUCGGUCGCUUCAUCGGCGAAUCCUCGAAAGAACAAGAAAACACAUCUGGCCUUGUCACAAUCGGUGGCACAGGAUCAAAGUCAACCAACAAGAACAAGGUUCAGACAAAAGACGGACCAUUCAAGAGACUGUACGACAACGACUCGGCCGAGGAGCCCGUCCUGUGGCCCGAGUCUUAUAUCAACGAGCAAAGUACCGUGGUGGAGAGGACAGUCUACGCAAAGGAUGUUGGUCCGGAGGCGAUACCGUUGGACUCGAUUGCUGUGCAUAAAGGCAUGACGUGGACCGAGUCUCGGCGGGCAGGUUAUUGA